AUUCCAAACGAUCCAAGUCCCCGUAUGAUAGGUGUGUUGCGUCAGAACAGAAGGCGGACGCUUAGAUGGUAAACGCAAAUUAUUAAAGCAUACACGUAUUAAAUAAGAUUCAACAGUUAGUUUGGACGUUACAAAAUGGCGAACGAAAACGCUAACCAUCCUUUGCCAGAGAAAGAUAAAGAUGACUUCUACACGACCGAACUUGACGAUUCGAAAGCGAAGUUCAUUCAAAAUGGCGACGAUUCGCACGUCGUGGUGGAGGUCGGCUCAAGUUCAGAGGCUUCGUUCAAUGGACUCGGCAAGGAGGAGUUAAUGAAAUAUGCCGACGACCCGUUCUGGGUGCGCACCAGGAAGAUCUUGUUCAUCCUAUUCUGGGUCGGCUGGCUGGCGAUGCUGGUGGCCGCGGUGUUGAUCAUCGUGUUCGCGCCCAAGUGUCCAGAGCGACCUAACCUGAAAUGGUACCAAAAGGACGUGAUCUAUCAGGUGCAACCAAAGUCCUUCCUCGACACCACAACCGACAAGAACGACGCCGGCGCUGGAAUUGGAGAUCUUCAUGGUAUCAAUGCAAAGAUUAGCUACUUCGAGGAUAUCGGAGUAAAUGCACUGUGGAUCAACUCCAUCUAUGAGGCUGGUAAAGACUCAUACGAAGGACAAGAUGUUGUCGAUCACAAGAAAGUCUCUGAGAUCCUCGGUGGAAUGGCUGCAUUUGAUGAUCUUAGAAAGAACACGAAGAAGAAGGGUAUGAAACUGAUCUUGGACUUCAUUCCAAACUACACUGGCAAGACCCACCAGUGGUUCAACAAGAGUGAAACUAGGGACGCUGACUAUGCCGACUACUACAUCUGGGCGGAUGGAAAGAGCUCAACAUCUCCACCAAACAACUGGGUGACUGUUGAUAAUCAGCCAGCAUGGACGUACUCCAAUGUGAGGAAGCAAUGGUACUACCACUCCUCCAGCCUCAAGUACCCUGAGCUCAACCUCCGCAAUGAGACAGUCCUGGCUGAACUUGAUGGUAUCCUGAGGUUCUGGUUUGAGAAAGGUGUGGACGGGUUUGCAGUGCAGGGGCUACAGCAUCUCGUUGAGGGCAAUGACACAUUGCUGAAUGAGAACACAGCCGGUCAGCACACAAUGGACCAGGCUGACAACUUGAACUUGGUCAAGCGGUGGAGAGCCAUUGCAGACUCCUUCUCAGAUAAACCAGGCAGAGAAAGGGUUUUGAUUGGUAUGGUGUCUGGUACCACCAACAUCACCACAGAGUACAAGAACGCUGGUAUCCACAUCACCAUUUCGGAUGUGCUAGUUGCCACCAGUAGCUCAUGUGAUAACACCUGUAUCGUAGAGAAACUGGUUUCUGCCACCGAAGACAGCAAUGGCUGGAGGGGUUGGAUGCUGGACAAUGAGAACACAGAGCGCUAUGCCACUAAGUGGAAUGAGGCCAAACAAAAGGCGUGGCAAGUGUUCCACCUGCUGUUGCCAGGCACUCCCAUCGUCUACUACGGUGAUGAGAUCGCUAUGACCAACGGCAAUGUGGCAGCCAACCAGAAGAAAGACCCACUUGGUAAGAGAGAUGAGUAUCGCACACCAAUGUUGUGGUCCAGGAAGGAGAAUGCAGGGUUCUGCGCUGCUGAUAUAGCCCCAUGGCUGCCAGUGAAUGCGGACUACCAGUCAACUAGUGUGGAGUACAACAAGGCCCACCUGCUGCCCUACUCGACACUGGAAUCCUUCCAAGACCUCGUGAACCUGCGAAAGAAAGAGGCCUUCCAGUUUGGCUCUGUGGAGUUCAAAACCUACAGCAAGGACAUCCUCUAUUUCAUCCGCAAGGCCAAGGGCUUCCCCAGCUACCUGGUAGUGAUGAACAAUGGCGCAAAGACCACAGGUUUUGAUGACAUCGCCGAUACCUUGACCCUGGUGUUUGACUCCAAGCGCCAGCUGAAAACCCCGGAGACCUUCAACUUGAAGGAGGCUCCCCUUGGGUUUAAUGAUGGAGAGAUUUACGUCUUUGAAUAUUAAUCUUAUCGCCAAAAUUUAACUUGCAAAACAUCGACGAAAACACAUUUAACUAGAACACUUAAUAACUGACUUGAACACACAAUAAUUGUUAAGUUCAGUUUUCUAACGAUAGCACUGGCAAAAAUUCUUAUAUCUUUGUAUUGUUUUGGUAUAUUCAAUAGUUAGUUGUAACUGAAGAAGAUUAGAUAACAUCUACAUACAUUUGUUAGGGAAGCUUUAACAUUUAACUUGGGUGCCUGCCAAAUUCCUACAAAAACCCUAAAAAAUACAUUGUUCUUUUGUUGUUAAUGGUUUUCAAUGCUUGUAUUGGUAUGUUGAUGUUUUUUGUUGAUGUAAUCUUUCAACCCUGCUUACAAGUUUACAUAACAGAAGAUAUAUACAUGUACAUUUCGGUCGCUGGUGUAGUAUGAUGUAUUUCAUUUGAGGAUAGCCAGUAUGUCACGAUAACAAAAUAACCUGGUUCCCAUACCAGCAAGGUGUGAAAUCUGACCUGAUAGUCAAAAUACUUCGGUCAUAUCAAAAUUAUUCACAAAUUGUGCGCACGAAUUUCCAUUUAGGCUUACUUUGGUAAACUUAAUUCUGACAUUUUCUUGCAAGGAAUUCGUUUUGAACAAUAAAUUGUAGAACUUUCAAAA